GACCGGGCGUCGGCGCGAGCGGCGCGGUUGCCAUGGCGGCGGGCGCGGCCGGCCCGCCGGGCGGCGCGGAGCGGUUUAAGUCUUGAAACCUGCAUUUUGAGAUCUUCAUGGAGGUGGAAGGCGAUUCUAGCAUUAGCCAGGAUUCACUGGCUAGCUUCACAGCUGGUGAUGUGCUUAUUCACUCCACCAGCCUGCACAAAAAGCAGCCCUUUGAAACUCCGACAGGAGCCGGUAUUAAAAAAGUUAAAAUUUCGGUGAAGAAGCUUCGCGAAGUGGUCCCUCCCUGCCUGCCGUCUGAGGCAGCAUUGACUAGAGAUGAAACAUCGUGUAUUUCUCCAGCCUUGCCGGCAAACAGGACUUUAUCUGGUAGUUUAACUGAAGCUUCCCCCUGCAGUACUGCACCAGGAGUCCAGAGUACUAAAGGACAGCAAAAACAUCUACUUUCAGUAGAAAAUUCUACAGAACCUAUGUUUUUAUCACAAAUGGAUUAUCCUAAAGAUGCUGCAGUACAAGUUCCUUCACUGCUGCUGGAAGAUAGCAGAAGAUCUGAAGAUGAUGUUUUUAUUUCUCAGUAUGCUGCUGGCCAGAAAGAGGCUUUGCGAGUGGUAUUAAAGCAAAAAACCCAAAAUAAUCCUGCACUUAAGGAGGUGAAGGUACAGCUCUUAGGAAAUUCCUCUACAGAAAAAAAGGAAAGUGUUGGUCAGAACACUAGGUCAACACACAAGGAAAUUGAUUCUACUACAACCAUCGCAGCAGCAACUGCAGCUGCUGUUGCUACUACGGCUCCACUUUUUAAAAUUCAAAAUGAUUUGGAAGCAAAGGUUAGCUCAGUUUCAGCAUUAAUUGAUAAACUACAGGAGACAGAUAAACAACUGCAACGUGUUGCUGAACAGCAAACAAAUAUGAAAACUCAAAAUGAGAAGCUCCACUGUCAUGAAAGAGUUGACGAGCUUGAAAAACAAAUGAAUACUUUCAUGGCACAGAGGAUUCAGCAUUUGGAAAAGUUACAGCAGCAACAAAUGAAUAUUCAGUCUCAACUCAUUAGCUCCGCAGUCAACAUGGGUGGCUUACAGCAAAUUCACAUACCUUCCUCCAGUCUCAUGACAAAACAACCUGAGAAGCCAGAACAGCGAUUGCUUACUCACCCUGAAUCUUCGUGUCAGAUGGAUUUAUUUCCUGCUAGUGGUCCACCUGCCCGAGCAUAUGCAAGUCAAUUUCAAAACUCUGGGGUUCAUACACAGAAGUCCCCCCUAACAACACCAGUUCCUCGGAGAUAUGCUCCAGAACCUGUAUCAAAAAAUGUGAAAAUCUCAAAGAAAGAAAACCCUAUAAUGGAAAAGGAAAAUAUUCCCAAAUCCACACAUGAAGUUGGAGGAAGACUUCUUGAGCAUAUUCUGAAUUCUCAAGAGACUCCACUGAGGCAAAUUGAGUCUUCUGAGAAUGCAACAUCAAACAGUAAUAAAAGGAGCUGGCAUUCCAAGAGAGAUGGGUCCUUCCAAAAUUCCAGUUCAAUUGAGAAAACGGUGAAAAAAGCAGAUGAUCUACUUCAAGAUCUUGGCCAACUGAGAAGAGAAAUGCACAAUAUGUUGCAGGAAGCAAAUUCAUGGAAAUCAGACAUGAAUGAUCUUAUUAAGUUAAAAAAACCUACUGUUGCACCUGAUCUUUCUGAGCAGCAUCAGCUCAUUAAACCAUCCAUACUUCAUAAAGUUAAAGCACCAAAAUCUAUGCUGAAGGAUGCUGAAAGAACUUUGAGAGGAGUUCAAAACAAUAAAAAAGUCCUUGAAGAAAAUUUGGAAGCCAUUAUUCGUGCAAAAGAUGGGGAUGCCAUGUAUACUUUCAUUAACGCCUUGACUACAAACAGAGAUGUAUUGGAGGAGAUUCGUAUCAGAAAGACUGUGGAUGAGUGGAUUAAGGCAAUCAGCCUAGAAAUCCAGACUGAAUUGGCAAGGAAUGAUUUUGAUCAAGUGAAAUAUGAUCAAAAGGUUCCAUGGAUCAAGAGAACCCAGAACAAUAAGGCUAUGAAGACCAAUAAAGAAAGUAAAGCAGAAACUCAGAAAAUCCAAGGGUUCCCGACAAAGAAGUCUUUAUCUGCAGCUAAGCCAUUGCAGAAGCAAGCAGAAGAUAACAUGAGAAAACAGACGUUAAGAACUUAUCCUUCUGGAGGUUUGCAAAGGAAAGAAAAAAAGGCAGAUGGAUUUGGAAGUGCAGUGGUGCAAAAUGAAGAGUAUUUGUGCCAAGUUUAUGGGAAACCAAUUUACCAGGGCCAUCGUAGCACGCUUAGAAAAGCACCAUACCUAAGAUUCAACUCUCCCUCUCCCAAGUCUAAGCUUCAAAGACCUAAAGUGAUAGAGUGCAUUAGAGGUACAAAGGUAAAGUCAGCAAGAACGCAAACAUGUUCUUACACACAGAAGGUGGUAACCAGCCCUAAGAAACCGCAUCCUUUGCCUGUGCCUACCCACGAAAAGCAGUAUCUCUUCAGUCCAAGUAGAGAUGCACCUGCUGACUGUGGUCCACUUGAAGGUCAUCUAAUUCCUAUGGCUAUUCCACUAGGUCAAACACAAAUCAGUGAUGUCUCACUGCAACCUGCUGGAGUAGUUAUAGGCAAACCACACCCUGUUACAGUUACAACCUCUCUUCCUCCAGUGCCACCAAAGCCAACAAUUCAGACAAAGAAACCAAACAUAGCUGUAAUAGAGAUGAGAUCAGAGAAAAAGGAUCCACCUCAACUGUCCGUACAAGUAUUACCAAACGUAGAUAUUGACAGUAUUUCAAGUGGCAGUGUGAGUUUAAACCAUGAACUUCCAGGCUCAGAAAUGGCACUUCCUCCUGUCAGUACUGUAAUACAGACUCCAGAAGAUGUACAUAAUGAGGAAGAAGACAUAAAGUAUCCUGGAACUAACUUCGUUGACACUGCUGAUAUUAUGCAGGAUCAGGAAGAGGAGAGUGAUGAAAUUCCAGAAUUCUUUGAGCCUCUUCUGGAGCUUAACGGACAAUUUAAAGUUGCCUCUCCAAAAUACAGUGGUCCUUUGUUUCCUCCAGUGGCUUCUGCUCCUCAGCAGUCUUCUGAUGUUUUGGAUGAACUGAUUCAAAGGAGAGAGACUAUAGAAAAUAGGUUAAUACAUUGGGUGGAACAAGAGAUAAUGGCAGAAAUUAUCAGUGGGAUGUACCCAGUUCAGAAAGAAGUAGUACCCAGUAUAACCACAUUGGAAAGUGAAGACAGUGAGACUGUAACCUCUGAUAUUGUCGAGGUUGCAGGUGGUGGAGGAUUUCAGCUCUUUAUCAAUGCUGGUGUGCCAGUGAACUCAGAACUGAUCAGUCAGUUUGUGAAUGAAGCUCUCAGUGAGACAAUUGCUACCAUGCUGGGUAACAGGCAGGCUCAGAAAGCAGUUCCCGCUACAGACAUUGUUCCAAGUACAACGAUUAUGCUGGAAUCUCUUGUGCCUACUCCAUUGCCGACACCUGAGGCCACACCGCCUCAAACACCACCUUCAGAGAAAGAACUGCCUCCGGCCAAAACUCCAGCAUCUUCUCCAUCUAUUACAGAAAUAAGUGGCGAUGUUCAUGAACAAGAGAAAAUGAAAGAAACAGAUGCUGGAUUUGAGAAUCCAGCUUCCACUAGGCGUGUUCGCACACCUGUGGUUACCCCUGUCAAUACACCACCUAGAGUAAUUACACCAAGCCCUCCUGCCUCAGAAGGGAUCUCUGAUGCUGCCAAAAUGGGAAAUCCAAAGCUUCCAAACCCGUGGGAUGAUGCAGAACUCCCUCUGGAAGAGGAGAAACCCAGUCCUUUAAAUGAAGAACCAUUCCAUCCCAGAGCUGUUGUAAUGUCAGUGGCUAAUGAUGAGGAACCAGAGGCCUUGAUUCUACCAUCUUGGCAGUUGUCAGCCAGGCCCCUGGAAUCACUUCCUUGUGAACCACAGGUUCCAUCACCUGUGACUACUGUUAGUUCUGGGCAGUCCACGCAGGAAAGCAGCCUUGCUCUCACGGGAACAGAAACAGAAACUGCAGAUAGGCCCAUCUCAGAAGGGGAGGUACUCUUCAGCUAUGGGCAGAUAGCGGCUGCAAGAGCCUUAGCAGAAGGAGGACUGUCUCUUCCAACUCUUACUGAGAGCUUAACGAGUACAUUAGCAGAUGCCAAUGAAAUGGAUUACGAUCCUCCCAGUGAAGGGCAAGUGGUGAAAAGACCCCAUAAAGGCUAUCACAGAGAUCCUGUCCUGACUGCCUUUGCCAAACUAAAUCAGGCACCUGUUGCUGCGCAAGAAGGAAUAUGCCAUUUGGAGGAUUCUGAUGAUAGUGCUGGGGAGAUCAGUGAAGGUCAAAGACCUAGGCUGACAAGAGCAGCAGAGAUUAUCCUAAUGGGACAGUCAGUUUAUAUGGAGCAUCCAACUACUCGGACUUCUGCGAGCAGAAACCAGAGUUUCCGUGCUCCGUCGCCAGGGCAGUUUGCCCAAAGUGCAGCGGAAAUUCUUAGAGAUGAAGAGGCGAGUCAUGGGCCAAUGCUUAUGGCUGAAUUGGAAUCACAACCAGUUUCAAAUCCUGCUGUGCAAGCAGCCCAAGGAAGCUGCAGAGUGACAUCGCUCUCCAGAGGUCUCUCCCAGGAAGGAAGCCAAGGAGCUGCAGAAGUUGAGACUGUGAGAGCCCGAGUUAUUCAUGUGAGAACUAAGUCUGAAGAGAUACAGCAAGAAGGAGAGGAUGCUGUCCUGCAAUUAAAUUCACAUGUUUCUGCACCAAAGGUGUCAGUGAAGCUGCCUUCCAUGAAUAUAGAUAAUCAAACUAGAAGUAUCAGCAGUAUAUAUGGGGAUUCAGAUUCUUCAGGGGCAGAUACAUUUUAAAGCUUAUGGCUUUAUUUGAUAGUUACUGUCUGAAGAUUUUAUUACCGGUACAUUUUGUAUGCCUUGUGUAGUAGUCUGGAGUUUCAUGAAAAUAUUGAUCUUUCAAUACUGUUUAUUUCCUACUUUUUUCCGUAUAACUUUGAAAUGAUUAUGAUUGUAAAUUUAGGCAAUCAUUCUGCUAGUGAAUGUAACAAAUAUUUUUAAACAAAUAA